AUUGGGCUACUUUUGGAGUGUUGCCGCGGGUUGAAUUUUUUGUCCGCUGGUUCGGGUAGACCUAUUUUGCAUGCAAAUUACAUGAAUAUCUUUAAAUAAAAAUCCAUAUUUUAAAUGAAAUAAUUUAUUUAUACCCAAAUCCUACCAAACUGACUCCAGAUCAGCACGUACACACAUGGACAUGGACUUUAAAAGCAGUGUAUAUGGUUUGGCACGGGCAUAUUUUGAGUUCUGAUAUUGGGCUGGUUUUUGGGCUGGUUUUAUUGGGCUGGUUUGGGGCUGGUUUUGAUUGGCCAUUGGGCUGGUUUUGUCACACAGACCUGGCAACCCUGCUCCCAGUCGCAACUCCUGUGGUCGCUUCAUACGCCGCCGAGAUGGCAGGUGUGCGGAAAAAAUCUCCGGGUUCCCCGUCAGCACUGUGGGGGAAACUUCACACACUGUGGCAGGACAAACACACGGUCCUGUUCAAGACGGAGUACACGUUGCUGGUGGUUUCCGUUCUGUGGUUCCUGGAGAUCGGGAUCAACGUGUGGGUCAUACAGAAAGUAGCAUACACCGAGAUAGACUGGAAAGCCUACAUGGAUGAAGUAGAGGGAGUCAUCAAUGGUACCUACGACUACACCGAGCUUAAAGGAGACACCGGCCCGUUGGUGUACCCGGCUGGCUUUGUCUACAUCUUCACAGUUCUCUACUACAUUACCAGCCGUGGGGUGAACAUCCGUCUGGCGCAGUACAUAUUUGCUGCUUUCUACCUCAUCACACUGCUGCUCGUCUUCAGGAUAUACUGCCGCACGAAGAAGGUUCCUCCCUAUGUGUUCUUUUUUGUGUGCUGUGCCUCAUAUCGGAUCCACUCUAUCUUUGUGCUGCGUCUCUUUAAUGAUCCCGUGGCCAUGAUGCUGCUGUUUGCAGCUGUCAACCUCUUCAUGGAUGGACACUGGACUCUGGGCUGCGGCCUUUACAGUUUAGCAGUGUCUGUGAAGAUGAAUGUGCUCCUGUUUGCUCCGGGUCUACUUUUUCUCCUCCUAUCUGAGUUUGGUCUGAUCAGGACAAUUCCCAAACUUUCUCUGUGUGCAGUCAUACAGCUUUUGCUAGGUCUGCCUUUCCUCCUGGAGAAUCCCGUGGGUUAUAUGAGCCAGGCGUUUGAUCUCGGUCGUCAGUUUAUUUUCAAGUGGACGGUCAACUGGCGCUUCCUGCCAGAAUGGCUGUUCUUAAAUCGGUACUUCCACUUCCUCCUGCUGGCGGUCCACCUGCUAACUCUGCUGCUCUUUGCUAUCCGCCGUUGGAAGAGGCCGGGAGAAAGCCUCUUCGAUCUCCUCAAGGAGCCAAGCAAGAGGAAAACUCCUGCUCAAAAAAUCACUGUUGAUCAGAUGGUGCUCAUUCUGUUCAGCUCUAACUUCAUUGGCAUGUGCUUCAGUCGUUCGUUGCACUACCAGUUCUACGUCUGGUACUUCCACACGCUGCCUUUCCUGCUCUGGAGUGGAGGAGUCAAGAAGAUGGGCGACCUGCUCCGAGUUCUUAUCCUGGGUCUGAUCGAGCUUUCAUGGAAUACCUACCCCUCUACAGACGGCAGCUCCGCCGCCCUCCACAUCUGUCAUCUCAUCAUCCUCCUCUGUUUGUGGCUGGCUUCGCCUCUGCCGUCCGCCCCAGAAGAAACACAAGAACCUACACCCGUCAAGGACAAACGCCAGUGAGCCACAGCCUGAUCGGACCGGACGUCAUAUUUAAGUCCACCAGCCUCCUCUCUUGAGUGAGGCUAUGGGACAGAUGGUUUUACAAGUGAAUUCAAGGAGC